GGUGCCACAUCUCUAGCAGCUUUGGGUGUCUCAGCUGAUUGUAUUCAAGCUAUAGGCUGUUGGUCCAGUGAUUCAUUUCAGAUUUAUGUACAAAAAAACCUGGCACUUCUUCAUGCUCUCAUAUUCAAUAGCCAGUCUAUUCAUGAUUCUGUGGCUCCAUUUGAUUUGAUCCAAUUAUAUUGUAUUAUUGUUCCAUUGUUUUAUUUGUAUGCCCUUGCUAAUAUGUUGUCUCUUCUACUUUAUAUUUAUAUGUCCCUCCCUCCCUUCAUACACUGGGUGUGGGAUCUAUCUUUUCUGCCAAAAAAACAGUAA